AAAUAUUGGAAAAACAAAAUUGCGAAGCCCAAGCGAACAGAACAAAAUGGAUCAUUUUCAAACCUCGCUGAAUCCGCGCAAACAGGAGCUGCUCGAGGCGCGUUUCAUCGGUGUCCGGAUGUCCGCCGGCGCUCAAUUGCAGAUGGCCCCACAGACCACAUCGACCCUAAGUCAUCAUCAUCCCAGCAGUCAGGCGGCAGCACAGCAGCAGCAACAGCAACAACAGCAGCAGCAGCAACAACAACAACAGCAGCAGCAACCACAGCAGCAACAUUUUGCUAAUCAUCACAGUACGCAAGCGCAACAGCAACAGUUGCUGCCACAGCAGCUAUCGCAACAGCAUAAUUUGCAAACACACACGUUGCAUCUGCAGCAGUUGACGACACAACAGCAGCAGCAACAAGCGGCGGCGGCAGCAGCGCAACAACAGCAGCAACAGCAACAGUCGCUGCAUCAGCAUACAACAUUGCCGCCACAGCAUCAACAACAGCUGCAACAUUUACACCAGCAACAUCCGCACGUAGCCCUGCAUCAGCAGCAGCCGCACGGCGCUGCCGGUGGCCAUAGCAGUAAUCCGGACUCGAAUAUGAGCACUGGUUCCUCGCACAGCGAAAAGGAUGUCAAUGAUAUGCUAGGACUCGGCAAUCUACAACAGCAACAGCAACAACAGCAGCAACAGCAGCAGCAACAACAGUUGCACUCCAAUAACGGCGCCUCAAUGCUCGACAUGCUCAAUGUGCAACAGCAGCCAGGUAGCGGGCCCGGUCCCGGUCCCGGACCCGGUCCAGUUGCCGUACCCGUUUCAGUUUCAGGCGCCUCCGCCGCUGUCGUGAGCAAUGCGAGCGGGAAACAGCCACGAACGCCAGCGGAGCGGAAACGCAAACGCAAAAUGCCCAACAGCAACAGCGAGGACGCCGGCAACGGCGGCAACAGCACCGGCAUUGUUAGCGGCCUCAAGAAAUCGCUCACAUUUCGGGACAGCAACAUGUCGAAGGGUGUAUCCAGCCUGGUACUCAGUCUCGGCGUCGAUCGCUGUGCGUUACCGCCAGUCAGUGGUGCUGGUAGUGGCGGCGGUGUUGCUGGCACAGUUGGCGGUGUACCCACGGUCGGUGGUGCUGGUGGCAACAAAAGUUCGCGUCUUCUGCUGCCCGGCAGCAAUGACAGCAAGAAGAUCAACGAUUACUUCAACAAACAGCAGCAGCAGCAACAGAGUGGCGCCAAUUCAGCGCUGCGGCAACACACGGGCAGCAAAUCGCCAUCAUCAGCAACACAGGCGCAACAGCAACAGCAGCAGCAGGUGCAACAACAGCAACAGCAGCAGCAGGUGGUGAAUAGUCAGGUGCAGGUGCAGACGACGAAUGCGUAUUCCAUACACGGUUAUCAUUCGACCAGUGCACAAACGCAAUCGCCCAGCCAACAACAGCAACAGCAGCAGGUGCAACAGCAGCAGCAGCAGGUGCAGGUGCAGCAAGCUGGGCCAGAGUUUCAUUUUGCGGCAGCAGCAGCGGCGGCAGUAGCGGCUAAACAACAGCAGGCGCAACAACAGCAGCAGCAGCGGCAACAACAGACUUCCAAUGCAAUGGUUCCUCAGCAGACGCAAAUGGGCGUGGCCAUGUCACAUGUGGGCGUGGGGCAUAGUGUGCUUGGACUGGGUGUUGUCGGUCCACAGCAGCAGCAACAGGCGCAACAACAACAGCAGCAGCAGCAACAGCAGCAGCAGGCGCAACAACAACAGCAGGCACAACAGCAGCAACAGUUGCCGGUUACAUCGUCAGCGUCAAGUGUUGCCGUUGUGCCGACGCAUCAACAACUGGGCUCACUGGGCGUCAAUGUGGGCGGCGUUGGUGUCGUUGGUGGCGUUGGUGUUGGCGUUGGCGUAAAUGUGGGCGUGGGUGUUGGUGUCGUUGGUGUAUUGCCGCCACCGCCGCCACCGCUGCCACUGGCAAUGCCAGCAACAAUAAUGACAUACACGAAGGGCACCCAGACGGAGAUGUCACAGCAGGAGCUGCAGGAGCGGGAGGCGGAACAUGAGUCCGGCAAGGCGAAGCUGGACGAGAUGACAAGACUGUCCGAUGAGCAAAAGUGCCAGAUAAUGAGCCAACAGAAGUCCAUUGAUCAGCACAAGUCGCACAUUGCCAAAUGUAUUGAUGUGGUCAAGAAGCUGCUCAAGGAGAAGAGCAGCAUCGAGAAGAAGGAGGCGCGACAGAAAUGCAUGCAGAAUCGAUUGAGAUUGGGACAAUUUGUGACACAGCGUGUCGGCGCCACAUUCCAGGAGAACUGGACGGACGGCUAUGCGUUUCAGGAGCUCAGCCGACGCCAGGAGGAGAUAACCGCUGAGCGUGAGGAGAUCGAUCGCCAGAAGAAGCAGCUGAUGAAGAAACGGCCAGCUGAAUCGGGACGCAAACGCAACAAUAACAGCAACCAGCAGAAUAACCAGCACCAGCAUCAGCAACAGCAGCAGCAACAGCAACAGAAUUCCAAUUCCAAUGACUCCUCCCAGCUGACGGAUCGCCUGGGCGGCAAUGCCGGCGCCGGCAGCCUCGACAGCGGCAUCGCUGUCGGUAAUGCGGCCAACAAUGCGACGGGCGCCGGCGGCGUUGGCGGUGUUGGCGGCAUCGCUGGUGGCGGCGGCACCGUUGUCGUCGUCUCCUGCGGUCGCGUCCUCUCCCGCUCGAAUUCGACACAGGCACAGCAACAGCAGCAGCAGCUACUGCACAAUGGCGGCGGUGGUGCGGGUGGUGUUGGUGGCGGCGGCAUUGCCGGCUCUGGUGGCGUUGGCGGCGCCAAUUCUGGUGUCGGCGGCAAUGUGGGCAACAGCGGCGUUGGCGGCGGCGUCGGUGAUCGUUUGUCGGAUCGCGGCGGCGGCGCCGGUGGCGGCGGUGUUGGCGGUGCCGGUGCUGGCGGCAGCGGUCCAGGUGGACCGGGUGCUGGUGGCGGCGGCGGCAUCGGUGGCAAUGAUAGCGGCGGCAGCUGCUCCGAUUCGGGCACAUUUCUUAAACCCGAUCCGGUGUCCGGGGCGUAUACGGCGCAGGAGUAUUACGAAUAUGAUGAGAUACUCAAGCUGCGACAGAACGCCCUCAAAAAGGAGGACGCCGAUCUGCAGCUGGAGAUGGAGAAGCUUGAGCGUGAACGUAAUCUCCACAUACGCGAGCUCAAGCGCAUACUCAAUGAAGAUCAGUCCCGCUUUAACAAUCAUCCCGUACUGAAUGAUCGCUAUCUGCUUUUAAUGCUGCUGGGCAAGGGCGGCUUCUCCGAGGUGCACAAGGCAUUUGACCUCAAGGAGCAACGCUAUGUCGCAUGUAAGGUGCACCAAUUAAACAAGGAUUGGAAGGAGGAUAAGAAAGCUAAUUAUAUCAAACACGCAUUGCGGGAGUACAACAUACACAAGGCGCUGGAUCAUCCGCGCGUGGUGAAGCUCUAUGAUGUCUUUGAGAUCGAUGCGAACUCAUUCUGCACCGUGCUGGAGUAUUGUGAUGGACACGAUCUGGACUUUUAUCUGAAGCAGCAUAAGACUAUACCCGAGCGUGAAGCGCGCUCAAUAAUAAUGCAGGUUGUAUCUGCACUCAAGUAUCUAAAUGAGAUUAAACCGCCCGUCAUCCACUAUGAUCUGAAGCCGGGCAACAUACUGUUAACCGAGGGCAACGUUUGCGGCGAGAUCAAAAUAACUGAUUUCGGUCUAUCCAAAGUGAUGGACGAUGAGAACUAUAAUCCGGAUCAUGGCAUGGAUCUGACAUCUCAAGGCGCUGGCACCUAUUGGUAUCUGCCGCCGGAGUGCUUCGUUGUUGGCAAGAAUCCACCCAAAAUCUCAUCGAAAGUGGAUGUGUGGAGUGUGGGCGUGAUAUUCUAUCAGUGCUUAUAUGGCAAAAAGCCGUUUGGCCAUAACCAGUCGCAGGCCACCAUCCUUGAGGAGAACACCAUACUGAAGGCGACCGAAGUGCAGUUCUCCAACAAGCCGACUGUCUCCAAUGAGGCAAAGAGUUUCAUUCGUGGAUGCUUGGCCUAUCGGAAGGAGGAUCGCAUGGAUGUGUUUGCAUUGGCACGGCACGAGUAUAUACAGCCCCCCAUACCGAAGCAUGGGCGUGGCUCGCUGAAUCAACAGCAGGCACAGCAGCAGCAGCAGCAACAGCAGCAACAGCAACAGCAGCAACAGUCGUCCACGUCACAGGCCAAUUCGGCGGGACAGACAUCGUUUUCAGCCCACAUGUUUGGCAAUAUGAAUCAGUCCAGCUCGUCCUAGCUGCCAACUAAACGCAAUUCCAAUUCAUAAUUCACCGCCGCAGCAGCAGCAGUUGCUGGCCAACAACAACAACAGCAGCAGCAUCAA